AUGUCUAAUUUUACAUCUUCCGAUACCAACAUCUUUGCCGAAAAUCCACGUUCGGUCACACUUGCUAUUGGUUCUGCAAUGGGUGGAAUGGCCUAUCUAGCUUCUAGCUUUGCUUCUUCUCUAGACCCGUCAAUUCCUAAGCCCCCACCUCGGCCUAAUCGAGUUCCAGUUUUCGAUUCAGAACCUCUCGAGAUGUCUCAAGGACCUGCUUCAAUUGAGAUCGGUGACUCAGUCCCAGUUGGUGAAACUAAAAUUCGAAGGUCAUACAAGUCUACCCAUGAACUCGUCACUUCACCGGCAGCUGGAAUCACCACCUUACCUGAUGUUCUCGAACAUGCUGCUAAAACAUUCCCGACUGCUAACGCGGUUGGAUGGCGUGAUAUUAUCAAGGUUCACAAAGAAGUGAAGAAGGUUACUAAAGUGAUUGGUGGCAAAGAAAUUACAGAGGAUAAAGUAUGGGAGUUUUAUGAAUUGAGCGAUUACAAGUAUUGGACCUUUAAGCAGUUUUUGGAGGAAGCUUCCGUGAUCUCUAACGGUUUGGCAGAGUUGGGAUUGACAAAGGAACACAAAUUCAACAUUUAUUCUUCUACCAAGCCCGCUUGGCAGAUCAUGGCGAAUGCUUGUGGACGUCAGGCCAUUACAUUUGCUACCGCAUAUGACUCGCUUGGUGUAGAAGGACUUGAACAUUCAAUCAACGAACCCGAUGUAGUGGGACUAUUCACCAAUUCAAACUUACUCACUACUCUUGCAUCUGUGAUUGACAAAACACCUACCUUGAAGUAUGUGAUUUAUGAUGGUGAAUCGAACGAGAAAGCCAUGUCAAAGAUUCAAGAAUUAAGACCGGAUGUCAGAGUUUUGUCGUAUGAUGAAUUACGUGAACUUGGUACCAAGAACGAACAUCCGACUGUAAAGGCAGAUCCAGAGGACAUCGCUUGCAUUAUGUAUACUAGUGGAAGUACUGGUAAACCUAAGGGUGUUUUGAUCACUCAUACCAAUUUGAUUGCCUCGAUUGGUGGGGUACAUACUUUACUUGGUGAUUUCCUAGACCCCAAGGAUGCCUUGCUAGCUUAUCUUCCUUUGGCGCAUAUUCUCGAAUUUAUUGUUGAACUCAGUUGCAUUUCCAUGGGUGUCGUCAUGGGAUAUGGGGCUGUGAAGACUUUGACCGAUGCAUCUGUACGAAACUGUGUGGGGGAUAUCAAAGCCUUCAAGCCUACUGUCAUGGUCGGUGUACCUGCUGUUUGGGAAUUGAUUCGUAAAGGGAUUUUAAGUAAGGUAAAAGCAGGUGGCAAGCUUAAAGAGCGAGUUUUCAAUGGAGCUAUGUUCCUCAAGAAGAGUCCACUUCCAUUUGUGGGUGGAUUGAUGGAUACAGUAGUGUUUAAACAAGUUCGAGAACAAACUGGUGGUCGAUUACGUUAUGCACUUUCAGGAGGUGCAGCACUUUCACGUGAAACUCAAGAAUUCCUUUCGAAUGCAUUGGUCACUGUACUUCAAGGAUACGGCUUAACAGAAUCGUGUGGAAUGUGUGCGAUCUUACCACCCGAUUAUAUGCAAUAUGGAGCCGUUGGUGCACCUGUACCUUCUAUUGAAGUUAAAUUGGUAGAUGUACCUGAUGCAGGAUAUUUUUCAACUAAUACACCACUUCAACAAGGUGAAGUUUGGAUCAGAGGUCCUUCGGUUACUAAAGGAUAUUUCAAACGUGAAGAUGUUACAAAAGAAAGUAUUACUGAAGAUGGUUGGUUUAAGACUGGUGAUAUUGCUCAAUGGAAUCCUGAUGGUACAUUGGCAAUUAUUGAUAGAAAGAAGAAUUUAAUUAAAUUAGCAGGUGGUGAAUAUAUUGCAUUAGAAAAAUUAGAAUCGAUUUACAAAUCAUGUUCAUUAGUGAACAAUUUAUGUGUACAUGCCGAUUCGAAUGCUAAUAGACCGAUGGCCAUCGUUUUACCACAUGAAAAGAAUUUAGAUGUUUUGUGUAAGGAGAUUGGAUUAGGUGGUGGGAAAGAGUUUGGAUUACUUUGUUCGGAUGAGAAAGUUAAAGAAGUGAUUUUGAAGGAGUUGAAUGAGAUGGGAAAAAAAGCUGGGUUCAAACCUCUUGAGAUGAUUCAAUGUGUGAUUUUAUCUGCUGAUGAAUGGACACCUGAAAAUGGAUGUGUAACUGCUGCUCAAAAAUUAAAUAGACGUGAGAUCUUGAAUCGUUAUCAAGAUGAAGUUAAAAAAGUUUAUCCUUAA